UCAAUACCACCAAACCAAUAUACCCCCACCCGCCACCUCCCCUUCAAAUGAAUCGGCAAGCACCUCUAAUGGCCGGCUGGCAGGGAGGGUUCUACUAAGAGCAACAAGUGUGUGUGCAUGAGUGUGCAUAUAUAUAUGUGUGUGUGUGUGUGUGUAUUAUUAGGUGUCUGCAGUUCUAAUAAAGGAAAGUGUCCUUCGCUGCCUCAUCAGACGGCUUUGCUCCGCUUUGUCCGCCUGUCUGAUUUCUCUCAGCCCGUCGGUCCUGCAGCCCACGCCGGAUGUGCCCCGGCCUGCGGACCACCUGGAAACCGCCACCGAGACCACCAGCAGCACCUUGAGUCUUUCUAAAUGGGGGGUGAAACGGAUGGCGGCGGCGUGCGUGCGCAUUUGACUUGAUUGCCGUGCGAGCGUGUGGAGUUUGUCGCAUGUCGCUGGUCCAUGCCAGUGGAAAUGCUGGGGUGUCCGGCGAGGUUAUUUUUGGAUCACUGACAGCGUGUCAAUGGCUACAGAUGCAUCGCAAAGGAAGGCUCUGAGAUACCAACAGACCUUGCUGUACGGGGAGUACAGGGAGCACCUGGGAAACUUCGCCCGGCGGGAGGCGGCCCGUUUGCUGACCGAGCGACAAUGGCAAAGGCAGGCAGGAGAAAACGACGCGGCGGCGGUCAGAGGGGCCGGACGGCGACAUCAGCUUCAUCAGCACCCCGUCGUCUUGGAGUCACACCUCAGUCACAGCUCGUCCACCAAGAAGCCACGCCCCUACUCCAAAUGUCAAGAUUGCUUGGCCCGCGGCCGGCGCUACAUUGUGACCAAGAUGGGGGAGGACUGGAUCUUCCUGGUCCUCCUUGGCCUGACCAUGGCACUGGUCAGCUGGAGUAUGGACUACGCCAGCGCCAAGAGUCUGCAAGCCUACAAGUGGAUGCACGGGGAGCUGAAGGGCAACGUGGCGCUCCAAUACCUCGCCUGGAUCAGCUACCCCAUGAUCCUGGUCAUGUUUGCUUCGCUCUUCUGUCAGCUGGUUUCCCCGCAGGCCAUCGGUUCCGGUAUCCCCGAACUGAAAACCAUCCUGAGGGGUGUGGUUCUGAAGGAGUAUCUGACCCUGAAGGCCUUUGUCGCCAAAGUCAUUGGCUUGACAGCGGGCUUGGGCAGCGGGAUGCCGGUGGGCAAAGAGGGUCCAUUCGUCCACAUCGCCAGUAUCUGUGCCGCGGUGUUGAGUCGCUUCAUGUCCAUCUUCUCUGGCGUCUACGAGAACCCUUACGGUUACACAGAUAUUCUGACUGUUGGCUGUGCCGUUGGAGUGGGAUGUUGUUUCGGCACUCCACUAGGAGGGGUGUUGUUCAGUAUUGAGGUCACGUCUACCUACUUUGCAGUGAGGAAUUACUGGCGGGGAUAUUUUGCCGCCACAUUCAGCGCGUUCAUAUUCAGGGUGCUCUCUGUAUGGAACAAGGAUGCCGUCACAAUCACGGCUCUCUUCAAAACCAACUUCCGCAUGGAUUUUCCCUUUGACCUGCAGGAGCUGCCAGCCUUUGCAAUUAUCGGAAUCUCGUGUGGCUUCCUUGGGGCGUUCUUCGUCUACUUAAACAGACAGGUGGUCCUGUUUAUGAGAAGACCCACGGUGCUCACACGCUUUCUGACGAAACAUCGGCUGAUCUAUCCAGGCGCAGUCACGCUGAUCAUCGCCACCUUCACAUUUCCUUCUGGAUUUGGACAGUUUAUGGCUGGUGAGCUCAUGCCCAGAGAGUGCAUCAACUCCCUGUUCGACAACUUCACCUGGACCAAAAUCUCAGCCUCCGCCCCUCCGCCCGGCCUGGGCCGUUCGGCCGUGUGGCUUCACCCUCAGGUCAACGUCUUCGUCAUCCUCCUGCUCUUCCUCGUCAUGAAGUUCUGGAUGUCAGCGGUUUCCACCACGAUGCCCAUCCCCUCGGGUGCCUUCAUGCCAGUGUUCAUAUUAGGAGCCGCUUUUGGUCGCCUGGUCGGGGAGAUCAUGGCGACUUUGUUCCCAAAUGGAAUCCUUUUUGACGGGAUCGUGUAUCGCAUCCUGCCGGGAGGCUACGCCGUCAUUGGCGCGGCCGCCAUGACAGGAGCGGUCACUCACACGGUUUCCACCGCAGUCAUCUGCUUUGAGCUGACGGGUCAGAUCUCCCACAUCCUGCCCAUGAUGGUGGCGGUCAUUCUGGCCAACAUGGUGGCCCAGGGUCUGCAGCCUUCGCUCUACGACUCCAUCAUCCAGGUGAAGAAGCUGCCGUACUUGCCUGAGCUGGCCCUCGGGCACAUCAGCAAGUACAACAUCUUUGUGGAGGACAUCAUGGUGCGCAAGGUGAAGUUCUUGUCGUCUCACUCCACCUAUCGGGAACUGAAUCGUCUGCUGGAGACUACGACACUGAAAACCAUCCCGCUAGUUGACUCCAAAGAAUCCAUGAUUCUUCUGGGCUCCAUCGAGAGGAUGGAGCUCCAAGCGGCCAUCGACUGGUGGCUCUCGCCGGCCAGGCGGGUCUUUGAGAAAGGUCAAAGUUCACCGGGCCAAGUCUCCAAGAUCAGUUGGGAGUCCUUCACCUUUGUGGACGAGGAGGGCGGGAACGAGGGGACGGACAAGAGUGCACCGGGGCUGGAUGAAUGUAACGGGCCCAUCCCGUUCACCAGAGUUCAGGAGCCCUCCAGCAAUCACACAAGCACAGACAAGCGCAAAGCACCUUCCGUCCGGAGGACCCUUCAGAGACUCUUCUCCUCAUCGUCAUCAACUGGACCGACUGACGCACAGGACACGGCUCCGCCUACAUUGAUUGACACGAUGUCGCCAGACGAGAUCAAAGCCUGGGAGGAGGCCGAGUUGGACAAGCCGAUAGAUCUGGAGCAGAUUCGGAUUGACCCCUCCCCCUUUCAGCUGGUGGAAAGAACGUCGUUGCACAAGACCCACACUCUGUUCUCUCUGCUGGGUCUGAGUCAUGCCUACGUCACCAGUAUUGGCAAGCUAGUGGGUGUUGUCGCACUCAAAGAGUUACAGAAAGCCAUCGAGGGCUCGACUCGGAGCGGCGUGAGGCUCCGCCCUCCCUUGGCCAGCUUCCGAGACGCUAACAGGAAAGCCAAGAAGCACCAGCCGCCCUCCUCCACCACUUCCUCCCCGACGUGGGACCGGGACCUUUGGGGCGAGGGGAACAGGAGGGACGAGGAUGCAGCGAGGAAGGACGAUUCUCCAGGGAUGCCCGCCCGCGAUGGCCCGUCCUCUCCCGGCGGCGGAGGAGGUGACUCCGCCAGUGCGCGCGAGCCGGCGUCGCCGUGCACCUCCUCGCCCGGCGAGUCGCCGGGCUCGCCCGGCGGCCCCGUCCACGCGCUGUCCUCCCUGCACGAGGAGCGGGAGAGCGAGGAGUCGGAUGAGCCCAUCUAGGAAGGACGAGUCAGGUCACAAACUUUGUGCUCUCAGCGAGCCAAAUUUUUCUACCUUUUCUUUUUUUUUCCACUCUUCAAAUCUCAGGUCUCUUCCUGUGUCUUUUACAAACUCUUUUGACAUCUCUGUUCUUCCAUACGAUGAAGAUCUGCGUCACCGUCUGCUUAUUUUCACCAAGAAGCUCCAUGAAAGACUGGCAGCGCUUAAUGACGACAAUGAAAUAUGUUGAGAUAGACUUAAUGACGUUGACCUCAACGAGGAUGUACUGUUUACUGAUUAAGGUCAAUUUAAAUGUAUGAUUUACGAUGAUAUCUUUGCUCUAAAUUCACCCAUAAUGGUCUGUGAUUUUUCAAAUAAUAAAUUGGGAAA